AUGGCCGACGCCAGCGGGAGGUACCACUCGUGGGAGAAGGACCGCCUCAUCGCGCGCAUCAGACAGCUUGAGCACGCGCUGGAAAAGCAAAACGACGCCUCGGCGCGCAAGCCCACGGGGGCCGGCGCCGGCUCCGGCACGGCGAUGCCAGAUGCCGCCGGCGGCGGAGCCCCGCCCCCGGCAAAGAAGCGGAAGAAGGACGCCAAAAAGAUAGACGCCUCCCGCUACUCGACGCGCUUCAUCGCCCUCAAGCUCGCAUACCUGGGGAAGCGCUACGGCGGCUUCGAGUACGCUGACUCAGCGAGCCUGCCGACCAUCGAGGGCGAGCUGUGGGACGCACUAACCAAGGCGUGCCUCAUCUUCCCCGAGGACCCGGAUGUCGUCAACUUUGACUGCUGCGAGUACUCCAAGUGCGGCAGGACGGACCGCGGCGUCAGCGCCUUUGGCCAGGUCAUCGCCCUGCGGGUGCGGAGCAACAAGCCGCUGCCCAAGAAGCCGGAGGAGGAAGCCGUCGCUGCCGAGGCGGAAGAGGGGGAUACGGCGAUGGCAGGGACCGCCGAAGAGGACGAGAAGAAGAAGCAGGAACAGACGCAGGAGCAGAAGAAGAAGCCCGAAAAGGAGUGGGACGACAUCAACGACGAGAUCCAGUACAUCAAGGUGCUCAACCGCCUCCUCCCGGACGACAUCCGAAUCACCGCUUGGUGCCCGUCCCCGCCGCCGGAGUUCUCAGCGCGCUUCUCCUGCGAGGAGCGGCAGUACCGCUACUUCUUCACGCAGCCGGCCUUCACGCCGACGGCCGCGACCUCGGACGGCACCCCGAGCGGCCUGCGGGAGGGCUACCUCGACAUCGAGGCCAUGAACGAGGCGGCGCAGCGCUUCGUCGGCGACCACGACUUCCGCAACUUCUGCAAGGUCGACGGCAGCAAGCAGAUCACCAACUUCGAGCGGCGCAUGUUCGAGGCCGGCGUCGAGGAGGUGCGGGACGUCGGCUCGGCGCUGCCGUACCUGGGGCGCAGCGCCGCCGACGGCGGCCAGCUGCCCAAGGUGUACUCGUUCAACAUUCGCGGUACGGCGUUCCUGUGGCACCAGAUCCGGCACAUGGUGACGAUCCUCUUCCUCGUCGGCCAGCGCCUCGAGCGGCCGGAGCUCGUUACGGAGCUCCUCGACGUGGAAAAGUCGCCCCGGAAGCCCAACUACGACCUCGCCCACGAGAUACCCCUGGUGCUCUGGAACUGCGUGUUCCCCGGCGACCCCGAGAGCCGGACGACCGCCGGGGCCGAAGAUGCCCUGCGCUGGGUGCACGGCGAGGCCGAUAUCGUCGAGAGCCUGUGGGCGCACUACCGCGAGAAGAAGAUGGACGAGCUGCUGGCCAACCGGCUACUGGACCUCGUCUCGAGCCAGGUGCAGGGCACUGAGGCCAAGACCAAGGGGAAGCGGGUUUUCCAGGGGGGCCACCAGGGGAAACUGGCGGGCGGGUACGUGCCGAUCGCCAACAAGCAGCUGACGCCGACGCCCGAGGAGAUCAACAACCGGUUUGCGCAGCGCAAGGGGUUCAAAGACUCGGACGCGAUGAGGGAGUCCAAGAAUUGGAGGAAGGUCGUCAAGGACGCCAAGCAGGCGGGCGCCGCCGCCGCUGCUGCGACGGUUGGAGACGGUGAUGAGUAG